AUGACUCAGCACCGAACUAAUAACUCUAGAGGUGGUGGAACAACAGCAUCGAAAAAUAUCAAAACUCACGACUAUACAAAAACUCCACCUACAAUAUUGAAAAAUCAAAACCGUGUAAAUUCAAGUAAUAAUUCAUAUAGUAAUAAUAAUUCGAACUAUAGAAGUAAUACUACUUAUUCAUCACAACCAGUUUAUCGCCAUCAUGAGGAUGAUUAUGACGAUGAGGAUGAUGAUGAUUAUCAAGACGAUGAAAGUAGCUAUGGUAAGGAAAAUUAUGAAGAAAAUGAUUCAAGAAGUACAACUUCUGAAGAUAGUACAAAGGCUUCAUCAUCAAGAAAGUACUCUAACAAUUCCUCAUCUUCUUUAAUACCAAGACCAAGCCAAUUUCAAUCUCAGCAUGUUUCUUCCUCUUACGGAUCAUCAAAUAAUAAUGGUGGAUCUUAUAAUCAAUCUUCCUCUCAAGUUUCUUCCCCUAGAUCUACACAUUCUUCAUAUUCUUCGAAUUCAUCACGAAAUAGCUCAAGUACAAAUAAUCCAAGAAUUUUAUCAAAAACAUCCUCUAAUACUACUUCGGGUGGUAGAUAUCAUUCCACUCACUACUCUUCAUCAAAUAAUUUAAUGAAUGUUUCUAAUCAUAGUGAAACUUUAAGUAAUAUCAAAAAUGGAUUAGAUCCUAUUACACAAGCCUUUUUAAGUAGAAAACCUUUAUUACAUAUUAUUGUUUUAUUUGCUGCAGAUGUUAGAGUACGAAAUUAUGCUCAACAAAUUCAAGAUACAUUUUUAAAUAGAGGUAUUAAUGUUUAUACACAGCUUGGUUGUUAUACCAAGGAGGUACCAAGUUCUCCCGAUGAUCAUGAAUUUAUUAAGCCUGAUCAUCUUCAGGAAGUAAUAACAAAUUCAAUUGCUGAUUAUGUUGCUGUAGUUGGUGAUAGAAAUAUGAAACACAGAACAUGUCAAGCUAAAAAGAAUGGUAAAUUGGUAGAAGUUAGUAUUGAUGAUCGAGUUGAGGAAAUCAUUCAAGAUUGGGACAAAUCAAGUCAUAAUCAUGCAAGUGAAUUUCCAAUUCUCGAUUCGAUAUGUAAAAUGGCUAGUGUAAAUGAAUUAUCACCAGAUCAAAUUUAUGAACUAAUUGAGGCUUUUGCUGGUGUGAGACACAUUAAGGAAAGAAUAGAUCGUUUGAAAAAGAGUAUUAGCGAGUUGAAAGAAUGGAAAACUCCAAGAUCUCAAAAGUCCAUACAAACUAUAACCGAUGAAAAAAUGUUAUCCAAACUUACAACAUCCAACAAUGCUGCAAUUCGGUUACACAAAGAUUUGAUUUCUGCCUCAGAGUUUAUGCAGAAUUUACCUGCAACGAAUAUGACAGGAAUUACUCUUCUGGAUCCAGAUGAUGAGAAGGGUGCCUCACUAAACUCUAAGCAUUUACAUACAACCUCUGAAAGUCAAACUCCUGAUGAUGAAAGUAUAAUAUCUAUCAGUGCAACACUCAAACAAUUACUCAUAGAUAAGUGCAUUGAGUUGAUACCUACUGUGGAAAAACUUGGUGAUCAAAUGUCAGAAAUUAUUGGAACUUCAUCUUUGUGGGCUGCUUAUAUUAAGGAACAUAAUGAGGAACAACGAUUAAAACAAACCAAAAAGGCUCAACAAGCUAAAAGUACUGCUCCUACAACUCCUGCUUCAACCAGCUCAAAUUAUUCAACAGGAAGGAAAAGAACCAAUUCUACAAGUUCAACAAGUUCUACCAAUUCAUUUUCUAGUACUGGUAGCACUGGUUCUGCAAACAAGUGGAGCUGUAGUGAAUGCACCUAUUUGAAUGUAAAUUCUUUAAGUAGAUGUAAAUUAUGUGAUACUCCGAGACCAAGCGAACAGGAAUGGAUUGAUGCCUCUAAAAAGGGAAAUGCUUCAUCCAAUGCCACAAAGAAUUCGGUUGCCAACAAUACCAAACCAACUCCAACCACAACUAAGGUCCAACCAACAACCACAGCCAGCAAUACCAAGAAAUCAACAGCCAACUUGACUGUGAAUACUUCUACAAAUAAGACUACAACAAAUUCAUCCACCACUCCAACUUCCCAACCAAUCCCAAAUAAGGUAAUCAUACCUUCUCCAAACACUAAUGUUCCAUUAACAUCUGCAACACCAUCGCCACUCUUAAAUCCUCAACAAACAACACCAACAAUUGCCUGGCAAACACCUCUUGCUUCAUCAUCUCUUCUUGGUGCUCUUGCUAAUCAACCUCCUAUUGUUCAACAACAACAACCACAACAACCACCUCCUAAUACUACUAAUCCACAACAGUUUACAACAAGUAAUUUCGGAGCACAACAACCUGGAGGUUUACUAGUGAGAGGAGGUAAUAUUAUUGGAAAUAUUCAAUACCCUAGUAAUAUGGUAGUGGGAUUAAUGCCAGGAAAUGCUUUCAUAGGAGGAAUGAAUAUACCAAAUCCAGUUGGUGGAGGACAAGUACUUGGAAUUCCAAAUAAUGCACCAUCUAGACAAUAUGAACAGGAAUAUCCUUCACUCGAUCAACUUUCUAAAGGAUCUAAAAAGAGCCAAAGCGGAUCAAACAGUACAACACCAACCCUGAAUCCUCUUGAUAUGAUUAAUAAUGGGUUGAAUAUGAGUAAUACUCCAAGAGCUAGUCCUAUUGUGAGCUCACCAAGAGUCAAAGAUAGAAGUAAUUUUGGAUUCCCAUCCUCUCCAAUAUCUAAUCAAUCCAAUGAAAUGUCACAAUUCUCACAAAUGCAACUCUUUGACAAUUCAAACUCACUAAAUAAUGCUCCAAGAGGUUUUUCAUGGGAUAUUAUGACUGGAUCAUCAGCAUUUGGCUUGGCCAAUCAACAUAAUUUCUCCCAGAGUGUUUCAACAACUCCUUCACCUUCUUAUUCCUUAAACCAUCACCAAGAGGUUGCCAACUCUGUAACUGACUCACUACUCUCUGAAAAAUCCCCUUCUCCACCCCUUCCUAAAACCUCAAGUAAUUUGAUUAAUGCCUACAAUAAUUCCAAUUCUACAUCCUCUGCAUUCCUCUCAUACUUUGAUAACAAAUCUGGUAGUACAUGGGGAAGUGAAUCUAGCUCUUCAACUUGGAAUCAACCUCCUGCCAAUGUCAAUGAUAAUACAAGCUUUUCAUCUCCAUCCAAAGGAUUUGUAUCGAGUGGAGGAUUAGGAUUUGGAGCAAACAGUCCUUUCAUGUCUAACAAUACUUCUAACUCUAACAGUUUCCCAAGCUUUUCUUCUGGUAAGAGUGCAUUUUCUCCUUUUGGAAAUAGUGAAAAACAAGAAGAAACUAAAACCACCACUCCAACCAAGACCCCUACUACCCCAGCUACUCCUACUAAAUCAUCUCGUAGGGUCCCAGUGAAUCAACCGUGUGUUGUUUGUGGUCAAGAAUCAAUGUAUGAAUGUAACUUUUGUGCUUCAUUGAGAAGAAAGGGUGUUCAUGUAGCUCCAACUUAUUUCUGUUCCUCAGAGCAUCAAAUGUUGGCAUGGAAAGAACAUCAAAAAGUACAUCAAUCUGCCUCAGAUCAAGAAUCACCAUAUGGAGUGAAAUAUUAUUAA